CACGCUGACCAAAACUAUUGUCAAAUUCGAAGCAGCUGUGUCAGUAAUUUUUUGUUUUUCUAUUUAUUCUAAUUUAAAUUUUGAAUGUAUUAAAAUUUAAACACAAAAAACAAUUAUUUGCAUUCAAAAAACAAAUUCUUUUGAAAAUACUCAAUAAAAUAAAACAAAACAAAUGGAAGUAAACCGCCCGAACAAACAAAAAAAAUCCCCUCGCAAACCAAAUGAAAACAAACCAAAACCAACAACUGCAGAAGAAAAUAGACCAAAUGUCAAAACAAAGAAGCCCAAGGCAGCAUUCACACUGCCACCAGUACCACCGAAACCUUCUCUAAGCCGAAAGCAGGCAGGGACGAAUUGGUCAAGUGUCCUGGCAGCCAUAAAUGCAGCAGAUGGAACAAUUACUCUACCCGAAGCAAUCGAGGCAACACGAAAACCCGAAGCACCCAGUAACACCAACACCACCACCCCAAGUCAAUCUAAGAAUCGCCGCAAGAAAGAUCACCUUCAGAUUGUCGCCAUGGAUUGUGAAAUGGUCGGAACAGGACCUUUGGGAAACGAUGAUAUGCUCGCCAGAGUUUCGAUUGUUAAAAAAAGCGGCGAAGUUAUAAUGGAUAAGUUCGUCAAACCCCGAGAACAUGUGACCGACUAUCGAACCAGUGUCAGUGGGAUUCGACCCCAAGACAUAGAACACGGUGAGCAAUUUGAAAAAGUACAAAACGAAGUGAUUACUACGCUUCAGGGAAAGAUUCUCGUUGGCCACGGAAUCUACAACGAUUUGGCCGUCCUUAGCAUCAAACACCCGUCCUCGAAUAUCAGAGACACAGCGCGCUACAAGCCUCUCGCACGUCUCGUAUCCAACGGCCGGACGCCGAGUCUGAAGCGACUCAGUCAGGCCAUUCUCGGAAAAGAAAUCCAAACAGGAGAACACAACUCCGUGGAGGAUGCCCGAGCAGCAAUGAGCAUAUACAAUCGCCUGAGUCUCGACUGGGAGAAGUACAUCGAGAGGAAGAAAUACUCGCAUAAAUAAAAUCAACUCUUUAUUUUCAUUGUUUUGUUUUUAUAUUUAGAACAAAAACAGUAAUUUAUUUCUAUUUCUCUCAAAUCUAUGUAAAAAAAAUGUUAAACAAUCAAAAACAAGAGAAAAACCUUUGUUCUAUUUUUCUCAAAGCGAAGCCCAGGUGUCUUUGGGAACACACACCCCCCCCUACAGACGGGGAUAUUGUAUUUACAUUAUUUUCUUUUUAGUGGUUUAUAAAAAUAUGAAAAAUUUGUUAAGUUUCUGCACUUCUUCGCUCCAAAUCUGUUUAAUCUGAUAAUGAAUUAAUUAAUAAUAAAAAAAGAUUAAUCUUUACCUAAAGCAAACAAAAAUAA